AUGUCGGGAUCUAUCAAUACCGAUCGAGACUAUCGGGGGUGCGUCUACAUCCCAAGGGCGGAUGGUCACCACUCGCAUGGUGAAAACGGGCAGUUCAGUGUAGUAGAAUUACCGACUUUUAAGGUAAACGCCAACCAAAAGCACAGCAAAGUCGAAGUAUUCGUUGAAGAUCCGACCGGUCAAACGAUAAAACCGUACGUCAAAGUUGUCGGUGAUUUGUAUACCAGUACCUUCUUGCCGAAAAUGACAGGCGAUUAUUUAGUCUCGAUGUGUGUUGAUGGCGAGAACAUCGAAGGAAGUCCAUUUUAUGUGAAAGUAUUCGAUCCGAAACUCAUCCGAGUACUCGGUCUCAGAGGCGGAAUCGUAUCCCAACUCAACGGUUUUUCCGUUAAUACCGACGGGAUUGGAGAGGGACCGAUGGCAAUUACGAUAACCCACCUUGGAUCAAACAGGAUAGUCCCGGCGAGAAUAAUGCAAGAUCCGGGCCGGAAGUCCCUCUUCCAUGUUGAAUGGAUGCCGGAAGAAGCUGGAUUCUACCGAGUUAAUGUUCAGUUUGCUCGUGUUGAUGCUGAUGGGUCUCCAUACACAAUUGAGGUCAUCAACCCAUCUCUAAGUACUAUUUCCGGUUUAACAUCCGGUCAACUGAUCUCGGCCGGCCAGCUAAACAAGUUCAUAAUUAGAGUUCCGUCAAAGAUGGUGGUCAUGAAUGAAAUGAGGGUUGACGUUACGGAUCCGAUUGGCGUUCGAGUACCGGCGAGACUCAUCGACAACAACGAUGGAACCGUCGCCGUCGAGUUCCUACCGAUUAUUAUCGGUUCUCACGUGAUAACCGCCUCGUAUUUCAACAUGGCGAUCAGCGGGUCACCCUUCAAGGUAACGUCAUUUGACCCCGCAAAGGUCAAAAUCAUCAACUGGAAACCGUUGACAUUUCAAAGGCGGGCCCAGGUGACCUUGACAUUGGAAUUUCUGGAGGCGAGGCCCCCUACCAGAUCCAUGAGAGAGAGCAUGGAAUCUAUAGGGUCACCUUUACCCCCAAACAACCGGGAACUCUUAAAUUUGGAUUCACGCGGUCCAUGGACGUGCGUGGUGGCAAGCGCCCCAACGGCGGCAGCGUUUGGUAAUGGCGUCCAGCCAUCUCCCUCACUCCUCAUAAACACGCCCACAUUUUUUGAAGUCAAAGUUCAGGGGUCAAAUGAAGAUGCUCACGUUGAUGUUGUCGUCAAAGGCUGCUAUUCAAUCGAGAUAAAAUUAGACGGAGUGCCAAUAUCGGGCAGUCCCUUUACGAGCAGGGUCUACAGCCCCGGAUCUGUGAUCCUGGGCGAGGUCAAGCGCGGAUUUGUGGGAAGGGAGGUGGAGUUUUCUGUGGAUGCGAGUCAGGCUGGAGAUGGGAGUGUGGAAGCUGUUGUGGACGGCGGAGUAUACAGCGUCACGUUCAUGCCGAAGGAAGCGAAAGUGUAUAACGCCACCGUCAAAUUUAACGGAGAAACAGUGAAAGGAAGCCCCGUUUCGGUCAACGUCCUUGACCUUUCUAAAGUGACCUUAGUGGGCGGAAGCGGUGACCUGAAGGUGGCCGUCAACAAGGUCUGCACUCUGAAACUCAACACGGCCGGCAGCGGAAAUGGACAGUUCACGGCCAUCGUCAGAGCGCCAUCUGGAGCAGAAAUAACGCCGCUGAUAAGGGAAGUUAACAAAAAAUUCUUGGAGAUCGAAUAUACACCCAAGGAAAUCGGGGUGUAUUGUGUGGAGGUUGAGCUAGAAGGCAUGGCCCUCGCGGUCAAUCCAAUACAAUUCUCAACGUACAACUCGUCCAAGAUUAAAGGUGACCUCAAGUUCAGCGUCCUGGGGCCAAACGGGGGCCUCCUCAACAACUCCGUGGAGCAGAUCAACUCGUCCAACUACUCGGUCGUCUUCACACCCCUUAUCCAGGGCCAGCAUCAAUUCACCAUGAGUUUCAAUGAAGAGCCAGUGAUUGCCACUGGGCAGACGUUGAGGUCAUUCGCCUGCAACAAGAUGGCCACCUUCUUUAUUACGUCACCUCACGUGAUCAGGGCUACUGACUGUGACGUCAAGAUUACUGAUCCAUCCCUGAAAAACGUCUCGGCGCGCCUGUCAGACAUGAACGACGGUACCGUUAGGUGCGAUUUCACAGGGGCUGCUCCUGGCGACUACAAGAUUGAUGUGAAGUGCUGGGGUCAUUCCAUCCCCGACAGCCCCUUCCUCUCCAAGGCCAGUGACGUCACCAAGGUCACGGUCACACCUAUCCUAUCGGCACUCGUCGGCUUGAACUCGUCGUUUAACAUAAAUGUGAAGGACGCUGGCGAAGGCACCCUGGAGAUAAGCAUCCAGAAUCCAAAUGGCCAGCAGAUCCCAAACAGUGUUGCACCCUUGGGCCCGGGCCAGUUUGUCGUCACCUUCAUGCCCGCAAUUCAGGGCACACACCAUGCCAAUGUCACCUUCAAUGAAGAACCUGUAAAAGGAAGUCCAUUCAGCAUUCAGGUCAAUGACCCCACGAAGUGUCAGGUCAAAGGACCAAAGAACUUAGACGUAAGAAGUCGCAUCAGCGAACAAGGUCCAGGUGUAUUCAAAGUUGAAUACACACCUUUAGUACCAGGCGACUACGUGAUCGAUGUGGAAAUUUUCGGCAAGGAGGUUCCGAAUGGCCCCUUCACUGCCAAAUGCUGGGACCACACGAAGGUGAAGUGUACCAAGAUCGCAUCUGGAAGAGUCGGAGUUCAAACUUCAUUCAACCUGGACGCCAGUGGCGCUGGUGAAGGCGACAUGGAGAUCGUUAUAAGUGGACCGUCGAGACAAAACAUCGCCAAUCACGUGACACCUCUUGGUCCUGGUCUGUUUGUCGUGACCUUUACCCCGGAAGAGGGUGGAGUUCAUAAAGUGUCGGUGACCUUCAAUCAGGAAAACGUAACUGGAAGCCCCUUCAUUUUUAACGUCAUUGACCUCGGGAGGGCAAGUGCCAGAGGUGAUGGCCUUGGAGCGGUCAAGGUCAACACGAAUGCCUCCUUCCUUAUCACAGCGCCUGGAGCAAUGGAGAAAGAUCUGGAGCUUCUGAUCAUGGAGAUGAAGUUAAAUAUUUCGGCUUGGCCCUACCUGGGCUGCCCUUACUACCCCAAAGUUUGGGACUCGUCGAAAGUUCUCGUCACCAAUGUUAAAAAUGGCAGAGUUGGCAAUGUCAACGUUUUCAAUUUGGACGUGACGGACGCUGGUGAGGGCACCCUGGAGAUCGGGGUGACCAGUCCCUCCGGUCAGAACAUCCACAACAACGUCAUGCCAUCGGGAGCUGGCAAGUUUGAAGUUUCGUGCGUGCCAUUGGAGCCGGGGAUGUAUAAGAUCAGUGUGACUUUCAAUAGAGAGAAUGUUGUUGGAAGUCCGUACAGCUUCCUGGCCACGGAUAUGAAUAAGGUUUUGGCACGCGGUGACGGAUUGGGAGGGGGGAGGUGUGGCGUCGCCACGUCCUUUGUCGUCACUGCUCCAGCCGCUCAACAAAAAGAUGUUGAUAUUAUUGUACCAACCACCUUCCACUUCCGCGCCCCGGCCGCCAGUGGCCGCGACGUCCACGUCAAAGUGACCGGACCAGAUUAUAAGGACAUCGUGCCCCGGGUCAUAGAGAACCAUGACCAAUACACCGUUGAAUUUAUCCCCUUAAAAAUUGGCGAUCACGUGAUCGAGGUGACGUAUUUCGGGGAGAUGAUUUCGUGCUGUCCGUUCGUCUGCAAGGCUUAUAAUGCGUCUUUGGUUCAGCUAACCCCGGCCGGAAAUGGGGCUGUUAAUAAGGCUUCGCAUUUCACUGUGAACACAGGCCAAGCCGGUGUGGGAGCAUUGGAUGUUGUCGUUACGGCUGACGGGCUGGCUGUUCCCUGUGUUGUUAAAAGCAUGUCUUCCUGCUUGUAUGACGUCAGUUUCACCCCGCAAGUCUGCCACAGUCACGAUGUCUGCGUCAAGUUCAAUGGCGAAGAGGUUCCAGGAAGUCCACUCCACGUUCUGGUGAUUGAUGGAUCGAAAGCUACAGCAGCCGGUCACGGCUUAGAAUUGGCCAAGGUCAAUGCCGUCGCGUCCUUUGAUGUCAUCACGAACAAUCCACCAAACAUAAACGCGAAACUCGAGGCGCAUAUAACGAAUGCAAAAGGGCAGUUCCUUCCGUGUAAAGUGACGUCAACCGGUCCUACGUCAUAUCACGUGGAAUACGUUCCUAAAGAUGCCGGCUGCCACAAGAUAGCCCUGACAUAUGCCGGAUCGUUCAUCCAAGGCAGUCCCUACAAUGUUGAUGCCUUCGAUUCCAAUGCUAUCAAGAUCUCAUGCUGUAGUUAUGGGGUUGUCGGCAAGCAAUAUUGCUUCGAAGUGGAUACGACGAAAUGCGGUUGCCUGACGGGUCAUCUCGAUGUCGAGGUCAAAGGUCAUCUGACGAAGCCAAUUACGCAAGUGACGUCAUCGAGGGGCGUCUACACGGUGAACUUUGUGGCCAGCGAAAAUGUCUCCCACAACGUUGCUGUGACCUAUUUAGGAGAGAAUUGUUCGCCAUUUUCCGUAAAGUUCAUCGACCCGAAGAAUAUGCACGUCAACUGGGAUUCAGUCUGUCACAUGCCCGUCAACAGAGCCGUGACCUUUGACCUUGUUCUCGGAGAGGUCAACAUGACCUCGCUCAUCAACGUGCCAGGAAAUGACCUCAUGUCUGCCAUCUGCAGAGUUCGAGAUCCGAAUGGCCGCGAACUUGCCACAAGAAUCGACCGACAGACUGAAUGCUUCCGAAUAGAAUUCCAACCGACGAUGAUCGGUCCACACACGAUCGACCUCAAGUUCGGCGGCACGACAAUCGUCGGCUCGCCUCACAUUUGCAACGUUUACAAUGCUGCUAAAGUUGUCAUUACCGACGCGAAUAUCGAUAAUCAACUCGGCAGAGAAUCGUGUUUUACCGUCGAUUCGAGCCGAGCCGGUGACGGUUAUGUCGAAGUUAAAGUUAUUUGUGGAGAAGCUGAGGUGAUCACGAGGGCGGCUCAGAUUGGGGACAGGAUUGUCAAGUACUCGUUCAUGCCGGUUCAACCGAAACCGCAUGUUGCUACUGUUAAGUUCUGCUCGGAACCGGUUCAAGGAUCACCCCUGACCUUCCAAGUCAUCAACCCAGCCAAUAAGAUGACGCUAUCCAGGACCACCCCGGAUAAAAUUGGGCCACUCGGUCAGCCAAUCACAGCUCUGCUUCUAUCAGAUGGUUUCAUGCUGAAUUUGGCCGAUAUAAAAGCCGAGGCUCGAGGAGCAAGUAGCGAGCUACUGGUGACUACUUUAACUUCGGAACUAGAUGGAACUAACAAAAUAACAUUCACGCCAAACUGUACUGGUCCAGCAAAACUGGACGUAUCAUAUUGUGGCAAGGCGGUCUCUGGCAGUCCACUCAUCUAUGAUAUCUUCGACGCUUGCAAAGUUGUCGCUGAAAUCCAAAAUUCUGGAGUUGUCGAUCAGCCCGUAUCUUUUGAUGUUGUCCUAUCAAAAGCGGGCUCUGCGCCAUUGGACAUAAAAAUAACCAAUGGAAGAAACGUCAGCCUUCCGAUGACCAAUCAGAUCGUUUCUUACGGUCAGAGAGUAACCUACAUUCCAAAGGAGGCGGGGCUUCAUGUCAUUUCCAUUCAAUAUGGAUGUGUUGACGUUCCAGGAUCGCCCUUCCACCAGCAAAUCAUCGACAGCUUCAUGCCGACCGCUCACGGAGAGGGUCUUGAAAACGCCAUCGAAAAUUCUCCAGCGACCUUCACCUUGGACACCAGAGGUCAUUACGGCAACCUCAAGGUCGACGUUCAAGGAAGUCCAUUCCAGGUUCACGUGACGUCACCGAAAAAAGUGCAGGUGGUGGGGGGCUGGGAGUCCAUCCUGGAUCAUCAUCAUCACCACAUGCCCCUUGUGGUCAAUGAAAAGAAAAUGUUCGAGUUGGAUUGCUCGAAGGCAGGACCAGGUAACCUCAGGGUGAAUGUAACGGGCCCAGACGGGGUCAUGCCAACAGAGGUGCACGAAAGGGCCGACCGAAGGUACCAUGUCGGAUUCACGCCAAGAGUUGAAGGAAACUACACGAUGAAGAUGUACUACAACGAACAACCGCUAGAACGAUUCCCAGUUCUAGGGACAGCAGUCAGGCUGCUGAUCAAUCAGAAAGCCCCGCCCCCUUGUCCAGUCCAUUACCACCACCACCAAUCACAUUCUCACGUUCAUGAACAAGAGCACCAAAUCAAAUUAGCCGCUGUGGCGCAUGGGCAGGGCUUGACUUCGGCGAAGAUGUUAGAGGAGGCCGAGUUUUUCGUUGUUGUGCCCGAUGAAAAAGCAAACUCGCCUUUCAAAGUCAAGGUUGAACCGCUCGUGGAAGUUCCAGAGAGGCCCAUCAUCGCGAUGGGCUACGGUAUAGCGAUGGCGGAAGUGAAUAGGGAAGCUGAAUUCUUAUUGGAUGGCGUAGAUAGUGACGAACAGCCGAAAGUAAUUGUGUCGGGACCGGUGGGUGAAAUCCCCGUCUACCUGACAAGGUUCUCCCCGGAAAGGUACCGAUGCUGCUACACCCCCAACCGACCAGGAUCGUACGUACUGACUGUCACCCACAAGAACAAGCACAUCACUGGUUCGCCGUUCAACGUCUUGGUGAGCGGGAGGGAUGGCGUGAGAAAUCUGCCCCCAACAGCAAAGAACCUCCAGUGCGGUGCGAAUGGCCUCGCUUAUAACUUCAACGGUGUUCCAUACAACGUCAAAUACUCCAAUGAGAUUUGUAAUCCGAAUCCAUUUUUGGUCGUCGCCAUGGGCCCUGGUCUCAGUCGAGCCGUGAAAAAUCAGCCCGCCGAAUUCAUCGUUGAUACGUCUGCGUCUGGCCCGGGAGAUGUGACCAUCCAACUGACCGGGCCGAAGGAAGAUGUGCCGGUGAAGAUUUAUCAAUCAGCUGAUAACAUUUAUCAGUGCCAUGUAAUUCCGGACCAAAAGGCCCUGAACGUCAAAGACGUCGUCGUUGUUGGCAGGGGAUUGUGCGAGGGACUGGUGGACGAACCGGCUGAGUUCAUCAUUGAUGCCACACAAGCUGGACCAGGAAAGCCGGAAGUGAAAAUAACGGAACACAAGAAUGAGAUCCCCUGCAAAAUUUCCCAAGUAGUCACGGGAAUAUACAAAUGCACCUACGUGCCCCCAAAAGAAGGCGAGUACCAUGUUUUUGUAUUAUAUGGAGAGGUUUUGGUCCCUGGAGCCCCCUACGAGGUCAUGGUCAAAAAUCCCCCAAAAGAAAAACCGGACAAGUUUAUGGUGGUCACUGGACCAGGAAUGAGUCUGGCCGUUGUGGGCCAGAGGGCUGAAUUCCUAUUGGAUGGUUUCGAAUACGAUAAUCUGAACAUGAGACUGAACUGUCAGAAUGGUAUGGACCUCCCUUUGCAACUCUUCAAGAUAGAACCUAACAAGUACAUCUGCGCUUAUACACCAACCGUGCCAGUAAACGUCGUCGAAGAAAUGAACCUCCUUCCGUUCCCGCGACCUUUUAACCUCAAGGUCAAGUACGAAAACAGCGAUGACGACGACGACGACGAUGAGGAGGAGGAGGACAAAGAUGGCGGCUUUCUCGGUAGAUUCUUCAAUGGCGGGAAGAAGACCAAGAGAAUGAAGAAGAAGAAAGUUGUGGAUGCAAGAAUCGUGACAACUAACCUGGACCCCUUACAGCAUUUCGCAGACUAUUCUAUCCACCACAAACAUUGCGACCAGCCCGUCGUUGUGAUUGGGCCGGGCAAAACGGAAGCUGUCGUCAACAAAAUGGCCGAAUUCAUCAUUGAUGGGGCUGCUGGAGAACCAACGAUCCAUUUGACUGGAGUGGAAGGAGACAUAGAGGUUCAGUGCAGCAAACUGACCUCGUGCAGAUACCACUGCUCCUACAUACCACAAAAAGAAGGCGUAUAUCUUCUGAACAUAGCGACAGGGGGCUUGAACGUUCCAGGUUGUCCUUUUAAAGUUCAGGUCACAAACGGUUCAGAGCCCUCACUGAUUGUUGUGGCCCCUGAGUGCCCUGACGGCAAGAACAUGAUUGCUGUGGGGCCUGGUCUCGGCACGGUCUAUGAGAAAAAAACUGCUGAGUUCAUCAUUGAUGGGACCGAUUGUGAAGGAGUCUACCUAAUGAAUAUUCAAAUCAAAGGCGUCAACAUUCCGGGGUCACCUUUCAAGGUCACAGUUCUGCCGGAGGAUGUCCCCAAGCCACCCAGCUGCGCGGCUGUGGCGGUAGGGGAGGGACUUAUUUUUGGCAGCAAGAACAAAAGGGCGGAGUUUGUUAUUGACGGAGUUGUUGCUGGAGAGCCAAUGAUAUUGUGCCAGGGACCAGCCGGAACGUACAUAAUCCACAUUUCCGUUGGGGGCACUCCAGUUUGCGGGUCGCCAUUCAACGUGACAGUGACAGACGAGGAUCUGGAGGGCCCUUGCUACCCCGAGAAAGUUCUGGUCAUUGGGCCUGGCGUCAGUUUCGCGGUUCCUGGCGUGACGUCUGAAUUUAUUAUUGAUGCUUCGGCCGCAGGAAAAGGAACACACACACUGAGUGUGGCUUUCAACGGCAAACACAUUCCCGGGUCCCCAUUCAAAUUCGAAUGCAUGGGCCAGAACGUGGCAGUUGCAGGCAUCGGGGACGCAAGCAAGGUCGUCGCCAUAGGGCCUGGCCUUUCGGGGGCGCAAGUUAAUGGGCUUGCAGAAUUCCUCAUUGAUGGAUGUCAAGAUUUCACGCCGAUGGUGCAAAUGUACGGGUCGGCCAUGGACGUCCCUGUUCAGUGCGUCAAGAUCGCGGAUGGCAGGUUCAAAUGCUCCUAUAUCCCGCAGGCGUCAGGCGUCCACAUCUUGAUAAUAAGCGUCUGUGGCUCCCAAAUCCCUGGAUCUCCCUUUAAAGUCAACGUGGCUGAAAAUGGCCCGGAGGUUCUGCUACUCCAGAAACCUUUUGCCACGGGUCAGGGUCUGAGUGUGGCACAGGUUGGGCAGAGGGCGGAGUUUAUGAUGGAGGGAGUCUUUAAUUGGGUCUAUCUAAUGACCGUAUCGUGCGGUGACUGCCAAAUCAUCGGGUCACCCUUCAAGGUCACGGUCGGUUGUGAUGAGCCGCCUCUCCAACCCUGCCCCGUCAAAACAGCUGUUGCUAUUGGACCUGGUCUGUCUGACGCAAAUGUCGGAAAGACAGCCGAGUUCCUCAUUGAUGGAGCUUGUGACAGUCCAGAAAUAAAGAUGAUCGGACUGACAGGUGACCUCGCAGUUCAAAGUUCAAUAAUCGGCGAAGAUAGAUACAAAUGCAGCUACACACCAACCGCACCUGGACUUUACCUCCUGUCUAUCUCCUGCUGUGGCUUCCAACUUCCAGGAUCGCCCUUCAAAGUUGUCGUACCCCCCACAGUUGAAGAAUUUCACCCGUCGAGAACCUGCGUGGCUAUAGGGCCUGGUCUGUCUCAAGGCUGUCUCGAUAAGAUUUCUGAAUUUAUCAUUGAUGGAGCUGGAGCUGCUGAAAACCUACAAGUGCAAAUGGUCGGUAGAAGCGGUAACGAGGUCCUCAUACGAUCAUUGAACAUGGGGAACGGGAGGUACCUCUGUUCUUACAUGCCGCACAUUCCAGGGGAGUACCAGCUGUCAGUCAAAUCAAACAACAACCACAUCUCCGGCUCUCCGUUUAGAGUGUUGGUCACCUCCGAGCAAGACAACUUCCCCGCCCGCUGCCCAGAUCCUGUUUUCCCGCCAAGAAAUCCACCAGUUCCUCCACCGUCUGUCGUAAUUGUUUCACCGGAAACGAAAGAAAUUUUGAAUCCUGAAAUUUUGAGGCCCGUCUGCGCCAUUGCGCUCGGUCCGGGUCUGACGAACGCCACGCUGCAUCAAGUUGCCGAGUUUUUGAUCGACGGAUGCUUCGACGACGAGCCGCAAGUUCUGCUGGCUGGAGUGGCCGACAACAUUCCUGUUCACGCCAUGAAAAUCGGCGAGGGACGGUUCAAAUGCGCCUACACCCCUGAAAAACCUGGCGUGUAUCUGUUGAGCAUAGCCUGCAACGGCUCUCAAGUCAUUGGCUCGCCGUUCAAGAUCGUCGUUGAAGACGUCAAACCGCCGGAGGUUGAGCGAAAGACGAUCGUCGUGUCUGGCCUCGGGACGAGUUGCGGUUCCACUUCCAAGUCCACAAAGGAAGGAGUCUACCUACUCAGCAUAAGCUACCAGGGCCUCCAAGUUCCAGGUUCUCCAUUCAAAGUUUUGGUCGGUAGUGACGACGGGCGGCCAUGUUUCGAUUCGGACGGCAAAAGUUGUCCGGACGCCUGCAAGCCUGUUGCUAUUGGUCCCGGCCUGACAUGCGCAGAAAUGAAUUCUGUGGCCGAGUUCAUGCUAGAUGGCGCAGGACCAACCGAACCACAGAUAGUGAUGAUCGGUGUGAAUGGCGAGGUGCCAGUUAAGUACGUGAAGCUGGCAGAAGGCAGGUACAAAUGCGCCUAUGUACCACAGGCACCUGGUGUUUACCUGUUGAGCAUCACCUGUCAUGGAAACCAAAUACCCGGAUCGCCAUUCAAAGUUACGGUUCACGGUGCACCGGUGUUUAUAGAACGCCCGCAACCGAUACCGAUCGGUGUGGUACAACAACCGCCACUCAUCCUUCAGCAGCCCCAACAUCCUCAACUAAUUCUACAACAACAACAACCUCAAGUAAUUGUUCGUCAGCAGCCCGUCGCCAUGGGGCAGGGCUUGUACCUUGGCCAGGCCAAUCAGAUGACGGAAUUCGUUAUUGACUCCUGCCCUGAUGUCCCCGAGAUUCAAAUGCAUGGAUGUGACUGUGAGGUGUUCGUCAGGUGCUUCCGUGUCGAUGACUGCAGGUACAAAUGCAUCUACAUGUUGAGCCUCUCUAUCAAGGGCGUUCAGAUUCCUGGCUCUCCCUUCAAAGUGGUCAUUCAGCCUGACUCCAAGAACCCCAACAUCCACCAACUUCCUCCACUGAUAGUUCCAGCUCAAAUCGUCAACACGCCCAUCGUUGUACCCAUGCAUGCCGGGAAAGUUUUCGCGAAACCACCAAAGACUGAUCACGGCGACUCUGAUGAUGAGGAUAACGAGAGCAUAGCCAUGAAGCCGACGACAUUCAGCUCAGCUGUCGCCAGUGGUCCCGGUCUGAUGGGGGCCCAAUUGAACGAUCUGGCCGAGUUUGUUGUCGAUGGAUCGAGAGACGAACCGAUAGCCCACAUGCAUGGUGUCGACGAAGAAGUGGCUGUCAGGUUCCACGAGGUUUGUGACGGCAGAUGGAAGGGCUCGUAUUUGGUCAGCAAGCCUGGAACCUACUCGCUGACCUUGAUAACCAACGGCCUUCAAGUUAAAGGUUGCCCGUUCAAAAUAAGUGUACAUCCACCUGUCAAGGCAACCAACGCAGAUAUCUACUACAAAAAGAAGAAGCAGACGAUCGCGAAAACUGUUCAGAGGACCACCCCAGAAUCCGUUGCCACCACCUACACGGAAUUCAUGUCCAUUGUGGACGAGCCCGAAGAUUCAGCUCCCCUGCCACCUCGCGAGAGGAUUAAGCCGUGCAUAGCCCAGAAUGCCAUUGCAUUGGGCGGCGGUCUGACGCAAGCUUAUUGCGGGAAGGCUGCUGAGUUCAUGGUGGAUUGUUCCAAUGCUGGACAUGGUUUCUUGAAAGCUCAGUUGGUGGGCAUCACGAACGCAGUUGACGUUCACAGCACUGACAUUGGAGAGAAGAGAUACGUCUGCUCGUACAUUCCCAAAGUUCAAGGGGCCUACCUGCUGAAUGUCACGUGGUCUGAUCAGCCAAUACCGGGCUCUCCUUUCAAGGUCGCCGUGAUGUCAUCGGUUGACCCUAGCAAGGUCACAUUUUCCGGAGAUGUAUUCACAAAUGGCGGCAUAGUCGGCCAGCCAAUCAACGUCAUGGUUGAUGCAAAGAACGCAGGAAAAGACGAAUUGAAAGCAACAUGCAAAGGGCCCAACAAGUUCACUCAGUGCAAGGUGGAGGAGGUGGCAGAGGGCCUUUUCAAUGUUUCAUUCACCCCAGAGGAGCCAGGGCCACACCUCUUGCACUUCCUGUAUGCCGGAGUCAUGAUUCCAAACUGUCCGGCGACAAUUCGUAUAGCCGGCCCAAUCGACCCCUCCAAAGUUGUCGUAACCGGAAAGGGCGUCCAAGAUGGCGUCCUGGCCACGUUCGACAACUCCUUCACGGUGGAGACGAAGGGGGCUGGCCCUGGACAGCUGACCGUCAGAAUGCGAGGAAGAAAGGACACGUUUAGAAUUGAGAUGAGGAGAGAUCCCAUGAACAACAGAACUAUUCACUGCAGAUACAACCCAACGGAAGUGGGAUUAUACAUUCUGGACAUCAAAUGGUCCGGCCAACAUGUUCCCGGUAGUCCAUUUAAAAUCCACCUCUUUGACUCCAUGAUGGAGUUGAAUCAGUUUAAGAGGACAGGUGCCAUUGAAGGAUUUGCCGCAAACAGAAUUUCUGAAUUAGGGAAGAAUGAUAGUAUCAGAUCGAAUGGGUUUGACAAUGAGUUCGAUUGA